GCGGCUAAGGGGGAGGGGCGGGGACCGCGCGUUUGGGAGCCACGAUCCGGGCUCGGGUCCUUCGUUUGUCCGGGAUCUUCCCCGUGCGGUCGGGAUCUUCGGGGAGGCUGCGGCGAGAGCGGGGGCCCGCCGGGUUCCGAGCCCUCCGCGGCGUCGGGCCCUUGUCCCGUCUCCGGGGAUCUAGACUGAGCUGGGCAGGCAGCUCGGCCGAGGGGCGCGGAGGAGCUGGGACCCGGCCUGCGGCCGGGGCGGAACCGCCGCUGCUGCUGCCAGGGAGGCGGGGGGCCCGGGCCGCUCUGGAUGGUGGCGAAAAUGAUCAUAGAAAACUUCGAGGCCCUGAAAUCCUGGCUCAGCAAAACCUUGGAGCCCAUAUGUGAUGCAGAUCCCUCAGCCCUAGCUAAAUACGUUCUUGCCUUGGUAAAGAAGGAUAAAAGUGAGAAAGAGCUGAAGGCAUUAUGUGUUGAUCAGCUGGAUGUAUUUCUUCAAAAGGAGACCCAGAUAUUUGUUGAAAAACUUUUUGAUGCUGUGAAUACGAAGAGCUAUCUACCACCACCAGAGCAGCCCUCAUCAGGAAGCCUAAAAGUUGAAUUUUUUCAACACCAAGAAAAAGACAUAAAAAAGGAAGAGAUAAUUAAAGAGGAAGAGCGAGAAAAAAAGUUUUCUAGAAGACUAAAUCACAGCCCUCCUCAGUCAAGCUCUCGGUACCGAGAAACUAGAAGCCGUGAGGAAAGAAAAAAAGAUGAACGUUCUCGCAAGAGAGAUUAUGACCGUAACCCCCCUAGACGGGAUUCAUAUAGAGACAGGUACAACAGAAGAAGAGGGCGGAGUCGGAGCUACAGCAGGAGUCGAAGCAGAAGUUGGAGUAAGGAACGAUUGCGGGACCGGGAUAGGGACAGGAGCAGGAGCAGAAGUAGAAGCAGAACACGAAGCAGAGAAAGAGAUUUGGGAAAGCCAAAAUAUGAUUUGGAUAGAACAGAUCCAUUAGAAAACAAUUAUACUCCAGUUCCAUCUGUAACAAACAUUUCAUCUGGCCAUUACCCUGUCCCUACGCUGAGUAGCACUAUUACAGUUAUUGCUCCUACUCAUCAUGGUAAUAACACUACUGAAAGUUGGUCAGAGUUCCACGAAGAACAGUUGGACCACAACUCAUAUGGAAGACCUCCACUGCCAAAGAAACGCUGCAGAGAUUAUGAUGAAAAGGGUUUCUGUAUGAGAGGAGACAUGUGUCCCUUUGAUCAUGGAAGUGACCCAGUAGUUGUAGAAGAUGUCAAUCUUCCUGGCAUCCUGCCUUUUCCAGCACAGCCCCCUGUUGUUGAAGGACCACCUCCACCUGGACUUCCUCCCCCGCCACCAAUUUUAAGUCCUCCACCUGUUAAUCUUAGACCGCCAGUGCCACCUCCAGGCCCUUUACCACCUAGUCUUCCACCUGUUACAGGACCACCUCCUCCACUUCCACCUUUACAACCUGCUGGCAUGGAUGCUCCUCCAAACUCAGCAACCAGUUCCGUUCCUACUGUUGUUACAACUGGUAUUCAUCACCAGCCACCUCCUGCUCCACCCUCUCUCUUUGCAACAGAAACAUAUGACACAGAUGCCUAUAAUCCUGAAGCUCCAAGUAUAACGAACACUUCAAGGCCCAUGUACAGGCACAGAGUGCAUGCCCAAAGGCCUAAUUUGAUAGGACUUACAUCAGGUGAUAUGGAUCUGCCCCCCAGAGAAAAACCUCAGAAUAAAAACAGUAUGAGAAUUGUGGUGGAUUCUGAGUCCAGGAAAAGAUCAAUUGGUGCAGGAGAUGGAGGAAUUCCUACAAAGAAGGCUUGGUUUGACAAGCAAAACUUUAACAGAACAAACAAUCCAGGUUUUCAGAAGAAGGUGCAGUUUGGAAAUGAGAAUACGAAGCUUGAAUUGAGGAAAGUUCCUCCAGAACUUAACAAUAUCAGCAAACUUAAUGAGCACUUCAGCAAAUUUGGAAACUUAGUCAACUUACAGGUUGCCUAUCAUGGUGAUCCAGAAGGUGCCCUUAUCCAGUUUGCCACCCAUGAAGAAGCAAAGAAAGCUAUAUCAAGCACAGAAGCAGUAUUAAAUAAUCGCUUUAUUAAAGUCUAUUGGCAUCGAGAAGGCAGUGCUCCACAAAUGUCAGCUACCAUGCAAAAGGUAAUACAGCCUUUAGUUCAGCAACCCAGUUUACCAGUGAAGCAGUCGGUCAAAGAGCGAUUAGGUCCUGUACCUGCAAGUAAUAUUGAGCCCGCAGAGGCUCAGAGUGCCAGUACAGAAAUUGCUCAGAAUGUGACUAAAUUAUCUGUGAAAGAUAGACUGGGUUUUGUGUCAAAACUGCCUGCUCCAGCAACAGAGAAGGUAUUGUCCACGUCUACUGGCUUGACUAAAACUGUAUACAAUCCUGCUGCUUUGAAGGCAGCACAGAAAUCUUUGCCUGUUGUUUCCACUUCCAUUCUAGACUCUAAUGAAGCACAGAAGAAAAAACAGGAAGCACUAAGACUUCAACAAGAUGUGAGAAAGAAAAAACAGGAGAUCUUAGAAAAGCACAUUGAAACACAAAAGAUGCUGAUUUCAAAGUUGGAGAAGAAUAAACCCAUGAUGAAGUCAGAAGACAAAGCAGAAAUAAUGAAAACACUGGAGACUUUGACUAAUAGCAUUACCAAGUUAAAGGAUGAAUUAAAAGGUGUCUCAUCUGGAGGUGCUCCUCUGAAAAGCUUGAAAACUAAGGCUCAGAUGCAGAAAGAAUUACUGGAUACUGAGCUUGAUUUGUAUAAGAAGAUGCAGGCUGGGGAAGAAGUGGCUGAACUAAGAAGAAAGUACACAGAACUGCAGCUUGAAGCUGCCAAACGAGGGAUUCUUUCUUCAGGUCGUGGUAGAGGAAUUAAUGCACGAGGUCGGGGUGCAUCACGUAGCAGAGGCAGAGGAAUACGAGGCCGGGGUCGUGGAAGAGGGGUUCCAGGUCAUGCAGUAGUGGAUCAUCGACCGAGGGCACUGGAGAUCUCUGCAUUCACAGAAAGUGAUAGAGAAGAUCUUCUUCCUCAUUUUGCGCAAUAUGGUGAAAUUGAAGAUUGCCAGAUAGACGACUCUUCUCUCCAUGCAGUGAUUACUUUUAAGACAAGAGCAGAAGCUGAAGCUGCUGCUGUUCACGGAUCUCGAUUCAAAGGACAGGAUUUGAAGUUGGCAUGGAAUAAGCCAGUUAUUAAUAUGUCUGCUGUUGAAACAGAAGAAGCUGAACCAGAUGAAGAGGAAUUUCAGGAAGAAUCCUUGGUGGAUGAUUCAUUGCUUCAAGAUGAUGAUGAAGAGGAAGAGGAUAAUGAAUCUCGUUCAUGGAGAAGAUGAUUCAACUGAUCAGAGAAAGUGCUGGAACUGUACCUACAUUGCAUUAGUAUUACCUAAUGUACUUUUGCUUGUUUGUACUAAAAAGUUUUUUGGUAAAUGUGAUGAAGUUGGAUUUCAGAAAUAGACUAAAAAGCAGCUGAUCAAUCCUGUAUUUUGCCAGAUUCAUGUUUGAGUUUCAGUAAAUGAUUGCUAAAGACAUCUUAUUAGGAACAUAUGCAAUGUUUUUAUUACAUACUUCUCCUGAAAGUUAGAGAAUUCUUUGGAUUCUUUGUAAUUUAAUGAAUUGGUCAAAAAAAAAAGACCAAGAGUUGUUAUAACAUAGAUAAUUUUUGUUCUAUUCCAGAUAUGGAAUGAAAAUUUGCAUUUAAAAUCUUUGUGAAUGUUUUCAGAAAUGAAUAGAUAACAGUACUAAACUGAAGUCUCUAAAGUUAUGUAUUCAUAAUAUUGCAUAGUAGUAUGCUUAGGCUUUACUAUGUACUAGCCUUUUGUUGGAUUUGUGUACGUAUUUUACGUAUGGGUUUUAAUGAUACAGUGUAUGACUGCUUUGCAUAUAAGUCCUUAUGACUUUAAGAUGUUUAAAAAAAUAAAGAAAUGGAAUGGUCUUAAAAAAAAAAAAGAAAAAAAAAAGAAAAAAAGCAAUAACCAAAAAAGCUAAGACAAUGGUCCUUGAAAAUGGAAAAAAAUAAAAAAGGAAAGAAAAAAGACCAUUCCAAAUGGUGACCCCCCCACCCC